UCUUUUCACGUUUCUCUCGCGUGUGCUUGCUCUCCGCUUGUGUUGCUGCUGAGGGUUCGUCGUCGCGGAACGUGGAACGACGGUUCCGGUCCGUAGUUGUGCUGUGGUGCCUCGGUGUCCCGUUGUUGUCUGAGCUGUCAAGACGGAGGCCGUGUAAUUUUGUGCUUUCUUCAGCUGAUUUGCGUUUCUCUGAAGAUCAGUCUUUAUCAAUUACUAUAAUUUGCGUGAUUAGUUCUUACGGCUCGCUGAAUGUGUGACGGUGUGUCAAUCAACUUUCUCCCUCCGAGUCACGGAUGAUUGCCGAGCGAAGAGGGUGGAAAAUUUGUGUGUUCCUGACAUGAGUGAUUCUCCGCCAGCAACAGUAGGCCGUGAAAGGCAGCCGCCAAUAGAAAAUCGUGAAAAUAAAAGAAAUGUCAAUGGUGCCUAAGUAAGUGCUGUGUGAAAUCUGAUGUGCGGAACAAAGUAUACGGUUUGAUACAAUUGUGGGUUUGUGUCUGGAUGAGGCAGUGCUCCACCCAUCAAAUUAAGAAAAAUGUUCAAUUUGGCAGCGGUUCGUCGGGACAUUUGUCAGUGGCAAGAGCUGCAACAAUCAGCGGCCACAGCCAGUAGCAACAACGACGAGGACGAGGACGAAAGGGUCUAGAAUGAUUGGCGGGUUGGUCCGGGCAUUCCUCCUGCAGCAGCGGCCGAUCACAAACCGUUUCACUUUGAUGUCUGUGUGAUUUGCCGGUAGAGUGAGAGAAACAGUUGUGGUUUUUUUUGGUCCUAGUUGACACAUCAACCAAACGGGAUAUAGCUAGCUGAGAAAUAUCUCUUCGCACUCAAUCUUGCCAAUCAACACCAACCCUUUUCUGGUGUUUGUUUUUGCCCGUGGCAAUCGGACGGAAAACUUCGCUCGUGAAAACUAUUUCAGCCGGGCUACUAAUGCUGCUAGUGACAGAAGGAUUUCAUAAAUAGCACACACCGUCUACCGUUACAACUACUGCUGCACAAGACCGAAGAUCAAAUCGCAUCGCAGACUGACAGACUGGAUCGUAUUCUGUUAUGUACUGUAGAUCGGUCGGUGUGCCGAAAAUUUUAGCCAGUUCUCCGCAGAUUCGGUAUCGAUUCGGUACCGCCCGAAAGUACUGACUGGUACUGGUGAAAAGCUCAGCGAGGAAAAGGAUCGUUCACGUUUCACGACUGCAGGUGGUUCGAUCAGUCGUGCAGGAUCGAUCACAUUGCGUGCAACCCGCGCCUACUAUGUGUCGGAACGCGGCUCACUGUGCAGAGUCGUCUAGUUUGUUAUCGUAGUGUAGUGUAUAUGUGUGUAUAAGUGCUAAGGUCAGUAGGCUUAGUUGUACGUCAAGAGGGAAUUCUAGAGAAACCCUUGACAAUGGCGAAUCUGACCUUGAAAAAAAGGGAAAUAGUGCAAAACUUUGUUAAAGGGUAGAAGAAAAAAACGGAGAAACGAGUUCGGAAAAAAAUCAGGUUGUGAUAACGUCGGUUUCAUACGGUCGCCUCGUGGAUCCCGGAUAACUAGUGAUGAAUUCCCGGCAAAUGGCCUCAUGGAUGUGACGCGCGUGUGGACGUAAUAAGUGAAGCGUUGCAGAAAAUUUUCAAAUGAUUCGUAAUUGGAUUAGAGAAUUGUGUACAGCCAGAAAUAAUCGGCCAUCGGAAUAGUGUGGGAAAGUGGAAAAUUAGUGAAGCGUAAAAAUAAUCAUGUGGAAAAGUAAGUUCACGUUCAGGGAUAUUUAUGACGGUACAGUAGAAGCAUGAGGAGAACUAAUCGAGGCAACAUUGUAAACAAAUCAUUCGUGUACCCUCGGUAGUGUUGUUCGAAGAGUUUUUGACCUUUUGCUUGCGGUUUGAGAGAUUGAAUGCAUGAAAAUAUUUGUACAUAGUAAUGUUAAGAUUCAUUCACAUUUGCAUCAUCAUUAACAUUUGUUGACCGCACUAGCCCUCCUGUGCUGUAGAGUUGGCUACCCGGCUGGCACCCAAUUGGAACAAAAUCAACCGCUCAUCUCGUCACAGAGAAAUGCGACAAAAUUCACACCUCGCUAAUGAAAAUGUGCUAUUAGCGCCGUAUUGAUUGUGUAGGAAGCUAAAACGUCAAAUAGUUCUGAUCCUUCCGAUCCCGUAAGAGCUAACUCGUGAAAACCGCAUCAAUUCGUGGCCUCGUGAAGAUAUUCUAAAUUUGUCCUAAAUAAUCGUAAAUUAGUUGAAUUAAUGUCCUAGCGUUUUAGAUUACGAAUGCAUUAGAAUCUUUUCCCGACAAGAUUUACGUUUAUCUCACAAAAGGGAAGAAAAGCAACUCCGAAAGCAAUCAUCCGGUGGACUGAAUCAUUUGUAAAAGUAACUAGCAGUAGUUGUAGUAGGAGAUAAUUUAGCCAGCAGCACAGCACCUACUACUAGAUCAGCAAAUCAAAAUGCCGAAAAAUUUACGACCCCCGACGUCGUCCGGCAACGCCUACGGACGGAUUGGCCUUGUUCCGGAAUCGGACGAUUCGCUGCACAGUCAGGACGUCGACUCUCAGGUGACGGAGGCAUCGCUCGAGAUAUGGCGCACACUACCGGCGGCCAUCCGGCAGGACCCGAGUCUGGCCUCAUUCCGGCAGGAGCACGAGCGGUUACAUGGUCCCGAUGACGAUCCGUUGCCGAACGAGGACGACCCGGCGGAAGACGGUGACAACCACAGUAAGGAGUUCAUCACAAUAAAAGUCACAAAUGCCGCCGAUUCGAGCGUGGACGGAACCGAUGCUGAGAGUGGCAAACUAACGGCGGGAGCGGUGACUCCCCGCGCUAGCGAUAAACAUCAAAAUGGUCCCAACACGACGACAACCAAUGGCGAGGGGGAUGAACACGAAGUCACACUGCACGGCGUCCACAAUCAGUCGCAUCCGCCGCAAGGAAAAAUCUUCGGCUAUGUUAAGAUCAGUUGCCUGCUGGUGGUGUGGCUUAUUUUCACCGGUUUCCUUAUGUCUAAGAACGAGAAAGAGCUGGAAUCGCGACAAAUGUCCGUGCCAGAGGGAAACGUCAGAACUUACAUACUACCGGACACACCCCCCGGAUCGAGGAUAGGGAUCUACCUGAAAGGUGCCUUUUUGAAUGACCAACAGCAUAAUAUGACAAGCAACUACGUUUCGGUUAACUUACAACUGCUCUACACCAGCAGUAAUGGUUCAAAUUUAACCUACAUACAGGAACAUGACGUGAAACACAUCGAAAAUGUGACAGACGCCUGGUUAGUGCCGAUCCCAGCUAAUACCGAAAUGAUCGACCGGCAGGACGAGAUCACUCGAAAACACGUGUUCGACAUUGGCACUGCAAGUCACCGAAAGGUUCUCAAUGGGAAGGCAAUGCUGCGCGUUCGAUUAACGACCAACGCGGACACCGAUGUUCCGUUCAAGUUCACCUACGAUCCGACACCGAUCGAUAAAGAGAUGGGUGUAAUUUACGCAGCGGUUGUUCUGCUAGGUCUUUACGUUCUGAUUAUUUGGGAGAUCGUAAACCGCACGUUUGCGGCGAUCAUUGCCUCUACUCUGGCGAUCGGUGUUCUAGCCGCUAUGGACGAGAGACCCAGUAUGCCGAAGUUGAUCUCGUGGAUUGACGUUGAAACGCUUCUGCUGCUUUUCGGUAUGAUGAUCAUGGUGGCGAUUCUUUCGGAAACCGGUAUCUUUGACUUCCUGGCUGUUUACGCGUAUCAGGUAACCAAUGGAAAAGUUUGGCCACUGAUCAACUGUUUGUGCGUAUUUACGGCCGUUUUAUCGUCGUUUCUGGACAACGUGACGACCGUGUUGCUCAUGACGCCGGUUACGAUACGACUGUGUGAAGUGAUGGGACUGAAUCCGGUUCCGGUGCUGAUGUCGAUGGUGAUCUACUCGAACGUCGGCGGUACGCUGACACCGGUCGGCGAUCCGCCGAAUGUGAUCAUCGCCUCGAACAGUUACAUUUCGAAGAGUGGAGUUAAUUUCGCCACAUUCACACUGCACAUGGCAAUCCCGAUAGCGAUCAUAAUGGUCACGACCUAUUUCCAGCUGCGAAUGAAAUUCCGGAACAUUAACGAUCUACGAUUCAGUGAACCCCAGGAUGUUCAGGAGAUUCGACACGAGAUUGCUGUGUGGCAGCGUGCAGCCGCAUCGCUAUCGUCCUAUUCGAAGGAUGAAGAUUUGGUUCGAGAAACACUGCUCAAAAAGGUUAACCGGUUGUCGCGAGCGCUCAAGAAGAAGUUGGUCAGUGGUUCUGUCCCGGUGGAAAGUUACAAAGCAACGCUGGAAGAACUGAAGGGAAAGUAUCCAAUCAGGAACAGAGCGCUGCUGGUGAAGUCCGCUUUAACCCUCGCCUUUGUGAUCACGUUCUUCUUCCUGCAUUCGGCUCCAGAUAUUCAGAAGCUUUCGCUCGGCUGGACCGCGCUUCUGGGAGCCAUACUUCUGCUGAUUCUUGCUGACAGGGAAGACAUUGAAUCGGUGAUUGCCCGCGUCGAGUGGUCCACCCUGCUCUUCUUCGCUGCCUUAUUUAUCCUGAUGGAAGCCCUUGCCGAACUCGGCCUGAUCGACUGGAUCGGAAAGCAGACGGUGAAUGUAAUUUUAUCCGUAUCGGAGGAAUCUCGAUUAGCUGUUGCCAUAUUAAUUAUUCUCUGGGUAUCUGCCUUUGCAUCCGCCUUCGUCGACAAUAUCCCGCUAACAACGAUGAUGGUGAAAAUUGCCAUCGGCCUGGCCGAAAAUGAAGCUCUUGAUCUGCCCCUGAUUCCUCUUGUGUGGGCACUUGCCCUAGGAGCUUGUUUAGGAGGUAACGGUACAUUAAUUGGUGCCUCCGCUAACGUAGUAUGCGCUGGUGUUGCUGAGCAACAUGGCUAUAGGUUUACCUUUAUAGAAUAUUUCAAGGUCGGUUUCCCGGUGAUGGUAGGCAGCAUAAUCGUGUCUACCAUCUAUCUAAUGUUUGCCCACGUGGUCUUUACCUGGCACUGAUGAUCCGUAAUGCCGUGAUCCAGCAGACACCCAAAGAUCGUCGAUGGCCGCCAUAUUCGGAACGGCUGAAUAGAUUGGCUAUCCACGACCCCUACGAUCUGUCUGAACGCGCCUUUCCUUCGACCCACGGUCGGAUCAGACGCAAGCGAACAAACAAAAGAUGUGAUAUCCUUCCGAAAUCCCAAUCAACUGUAGAAUUACUAUUGUUUAUGACUAGUAUCAGCUGAAGUAGUGAUAGGAAGAAAAUAAAACAAAACGAAUACCAAUUAUCUAGUUAGAACAAGCGAAAAAGAAAAAAAAAUAUCGAGCCACGUGAGCGAGCCCCGACUUGGAGAACCAAUCGUCAAUUUCACCCAUAAACGUAACAACCUUUUUCAGAAGUCAUCGUUGGCAGCUACUAUAAGAGAACAAGAUAUUCAAAUAGCACACUGAAUAUCAUAGUAGGCUUAUCGAGCAGCUCUAUAUGAAUGAAAUGAACCAGGAAGGAAUUAUCUCCAUAGCACGCAAAUUUACAUCUUUCCACUGCCUGCUUCGAUCAGCUCCAUAUUCAAAUUUAUUUCUCUAUAUCUUUAACGUAUGUCUUUAACUUAUUUCUUGUUUAUGUAUGAUUUGUAAUGUAAAUUUACAAAGAAAAUCUUGUUGACAAUAGUUACGUAGUUACUCCUCAUUAAUAAACAUACUUUGUUUUAGUUAGUUCAAAAUAGAUAAAGAGAAAUUAGUAGACUUUAGAGCCAAGUUGUAAAAAGUAAAGUUAAUUGUAAUUAAAAAAAGACAUUCCAUUGAACCUACACCAAAAAUUAACCAAUAACUGAGAAGAGGUAAAUAGAAAUGUCUAAUACAAUCGAAUAAUGUGACUAGCAGAAAAGAGACACAAGUAUAUGAUUAGUGAAGGAAGUAUAUUUUUUAUGAAAUAAAUUUACUGUUAUCAAAGGUUUAUCACUACACUACAAAGAAAAAGUCGUCUGAAAUUUAGGUAAAUUGAGUUUUACUCGAAAAGAAUAAAAUUUCAUCACUAAUUCAGCAAACAAUUAGUGUUAGUUGCAUACAUAUGAAUGGAAAAUAGUUCACUGUAAAUGCUCCGAUACAUGUUUUUCUGAACUAUUUGAAAAAAAAAAUCUAGCUGAAUUUAAUUAUGAUCAGGUUACUAAACUCAUUUCGAAUCCAAGGCAGCCAGCAGCAAUAUACGUAGGACGGAAACUGAAUCAACAUGUGCAGGCAGAAUCCAGCCGAAGGUCAGUGACUGAUUAAUCUCUUGGGUUUGCUGGGUCUUACAACUUUCUCGAACUAGAACUCUCGAAUUAGAUGGUCAAGAUUUGUUGCAUUUCUUGUUGCUAUUUGGCGAUGGACGAUAGCUCUUAAUUGGCUGUAAGCGGAUAUUACUAAUGCGAGAGGUUAAACCAGAAAAAAAACAGCGGAACCGGCAAUGGAGUUUGCCGAGGCGAGGUUUGUAAAAAGAGAGAAAUUUAUAGUAAAAUUAAAGCAAAAAUACAUAAGAAAAAGUUUGGACUGUCAAA